GCGAUCGUUCGAUAGAGAAAAUACAUUUUACGUGCUAUUUCGAACGCAGUCGAUAACGAUGUAUAUAUUCGAUUUCUCGCUGCCGCCAUCGUUGCGUAUGCGGCCGCGACCCAUGAGAAGUUCUCUCUCUUUCUCUCUCUCAUACACCGUACAAAGUAGUACAUCUCGGCGUAUACAGCCUUGCAGGUCUUCGUGACAUAGCUUCUCGGAUUUACACAUCAUAUAGUAUAAGAUAACGACGCGCGGAAAGGUACAACCGCUACUGCUCGAGUGACAUAAUAAUAAUAAUAAUUGAUUGACAACGAUGGCAGAAAGCAACGGCACAAUGGCAACGAAGCAUCGAAGGGCCUCGACCGAGGAGAGUCUGCAGUUCAUCAGGGAGUCGCUGAAAUCCGAGGAGAUGGACCACAUGGAGGGCACGCACUUCGAGAGCCAAUACCCCCACGUCUUCGUCACCCUCGGCGCAUCGGGCGACCUCGCCAAGAAGAAGAUCUACCCGACCCUCUGGUGGCUGUUCCGCGACAAUCUCCUUCCCCAGGCCACCUGCUUCUUCGGCUACGCUCGCAGUCAGCUCACCGUGUCGGCCCUCCGAGCCAAGUGCGAGCCCUACAUGAAGGUCAAGCCCGGCGAGGAGCAGCGCUACGAGGAGUUCUGGGCGCUGAAUCGCUACGUGGCUGGUGGCUACGACUCGCCCGAGGGCUUCGUCGAGCUCAAUCGGCAGAUCCUCGGUCACGAGCUGGCCGGCGCCAAGGCCAAUCGGCUGUUUUACCUGGCCCUGCCGCCGUCCGUCUUCGACACCUGCACCGUGCACAUCAGGCAGAAAUGCGUCAUCGACCAGGGCUGGACACGCGUCAUCAUCGAGAAGCCGUUCGGUCGUGACUCGGCGAGCUCGGCCAAGCUCUCCGCCCAUCUGGCCAGUCUGUUCCGCGAGGAGCAGAUCUAUCGCAUCGAUCACUACCUCGGCAAGGAGAUGGUGCAGAACCUCAUGACGCUGCGCUUCGGCAAUCGGGUCUUCAGCCCGACCUGGAAUCGCGAGCACGUCGCCUCCGUGCAGAUCAACUUCAAGGAGCCGUUCGGCACCCAGGGCCGCGGCGGCUACUUCGACGAGUUCGGCAUCAUACGCGACGUCAUGCAGAACCACCUGCUGCAGAUACUGUCCCUGGUGGCCAUGGAGAAGCCGGCCUCGUGUCAUCCGGACGACAUCAGAAACGAGAAGGUCAAGGUGCUGAGGAGCAUCAGGCCGCUGGAGCUCGACGACGUGGUGCUGGGCCAGUACGUGGGCGAUCCCGAGGCCGAGGACCCGGAGGCGAGACUGGGCUACCUGGACGACGAGACGGUGCCGAAGAACUCGAACACGCCCACCUUCGCCAUGGCCGUGCUCAAGAUCAACAACGAGCGAUGGGACGGCGUGCCCUUCAUUCUGCGCUGCGGCAAAGCCCUGAACGAGCGCAAGGCCGAGGUCAGGAUCCAGUAUCAGGACGUGCCCGGCGACAUAUUCGACGGCAAGGCCAAGCGCAACGAGCUCGUCAUCAGGGUCCAGCCGGGCGAGGCUCUCUACGUCAAGAUGAACACCAAGUCGCCGGGCAUCACGUUCGACAUGGAGGAGACCGAGCUCGAUCUCACCUACGGCUCGCGCUACAAGGGCCUGAAGCUGCCCGACGCCUACGAGCGCCUCAUUCUGGACGUGUUCUGCGGCUCGCAGAUGCACUUCGUGCGCAGCGACGAGCUCAGCGAGGCCUGGAGGAUUUUCACCCCGCUGCUGCACAGGAUCGAGCACGGCGACGUGCGUCCGAUACCGUACAAGUAUGGAUCGCGCGGACCCAAGGAAGCCAACGAGAUGGCCAGACGCAACAAUUUCAAUUACUACGGUACUUACAAGUGGGUCCGACCGAGCCACCCGCACUAAAUAACGAUACGGAAAACACACACACACACAAACCCAAAAACUGUGAUCGAUUUUUUUUUAAACAAAACACUGGGAACAAAAAGUAUAUAGCAUUUAUACGAAUCUUACUCUUUAGAAGUACUUUAGAUAAUAUGUAAAUGAAAAUCUUCAUGGUUUCUAAUGUCACCUAUUUGGCCAACACAAGCAAUUUUUUACAAUUGACAAUAAUUAUAAUAUGUAACUACCUUAUUGAGUAAGGUAUUUUUACUUCAAAGAUUUACAGAUUUAAAAAAAACCAAACGUACGAGAGCCAAAUUUCGAGUCGCUUUUUGAGAGCGAGAAAUAUAACUUUUUAUAUAAAAUUUAUACGUAUAGUUACUUGAUAAAAGAAAAGAGAGAAAUUGUACGGGAUGUUAUUUAUGAAUUAAUGCGCAGAUAUUACAAGUACUUCGGUGAAUUUUAUUAUAACUAAUGUUUAUUAGUAUACGAACUUUUGUUUAAUGAUAAAUCAUGAUGAGCUAACAUAAGCCUACAGAAAUAGCCGGACUAUGUACAUAUGUAAGUUGAGAUGGCAUUCUGUAUAUAAAAAAAGAGUGUAAAUAAUAAUAACAAUUCUGGGUCAUGAUACUUCUGUUACAUGUAUGGAUCUAAUAUAUUAGCAUGACUAAUUGUUUAAAUUAAACAGUAACCUCGUUUACAUUUAUUACGUAGAGUAAUCGUUCAUACUUUACUUAAAUCGAAAAAGAAAAACAUAAUUGAGUAAGAAAAUCAUAUCUACAGUUAUUUCGUUAUCAUUAUAUCGAAUAAUUGAAUGAGAAUAAUUCAUGUUGAAUCGCUUACAAAAAACAAAUUCUAAAAAUCUUUUGACAUGAUAUACAGUAUAUAAACAAGAGCUUGCAAAAAUUAUGAAUUCAGUCUUUCCAGUAGAAAAAGUGAAAUGAUUAAAUUUCAUUUUGUACAAUUAAAGGUAAAUAAAUUUUUCGAAAUUAAUUAAA